UGUGUGUGAAACCGAAGCUGCAUCGACUAUGAAAACCUGUAAACCCAGUCAUUUGGAUUCAGGCGUAGAAUCAGACAUCCAGUGCCGAAGCGGACCAGGCUGCGUUGUGAAGUGCGGUUCAGAUAGGAUGGAGAAUGCUGCAAAGAGAAGGCUGGCUGCCAACGCCAGGGAGAGAAGACGGAUGCAAGGACUGAACACAGCCUUUGAUCGUUUGAGAAAGGUGGUUCCACAGUGGGGUCAAGAUAAGAAGCUGUCCAAGUAUGAGACCCUUCAGAUGGCUUUGAGUUACAUCAUGGCUCUCACUAGAAUACUUGCCGAAGCAGAAAGAUACAGCACUGAAAGAGAAUGGAUUAGCCUUCACUGUGAACACUUCCAUCCGGAGAGCUACCACCAUUACACAGGACAAAAAAUGGCAAUGGACGGUGAUCCUUACACGCAGCGAAUAUUCAGCUAUCACCCUGAACACUUUCAAAUAGCUAAUUAGAACUUUUUACG